AUGGCGGCAUCUCUGUUCACUUUCUCCUCUACUUCACGAAGAGUAGUUCCUGCCCCAAACUCUCCUCCUCUUCCUAUAUACAUCAAAGCCACCAACGUUGUUUUCAACCCUGAUAUUCCCGAUGUUCAUCGAGGUCUUGGACUCGAUGAUUUUGUUAAUUUCUUAGCCUCCUGCCGCCUUCGAUAUGCUAUCAGUGACAUUCCAUCAGAGCUCUUCCCUGAACAAGUCUGUGAGUUCUACUACAGUGCAACAGUCAAUGAUGAAAACAAUGUCAUCACCGGGACCAUUGGCUGUGGAAGACACUCUGACUUUAUUACAGCAGAACUUGUCAGUGCUGCACUCAGGUUACCUAUCUUUGAACCAUUCUCUGAAGUUCCUUGUAUUGAACGUUGUCGACGUCUAUUUGAUCAACUGGGAUAUGAUCACUCAAAGGCUGGUGCUCGAUCAGCUCUUAUUCUGCGCCAAUGUAUGACCCCAGGAUGGAAGUUCUUCACCGGUGCUUUGUGCAAAUGUGUGGGUCAUAAGUCUCGAAGUGGUGAUCAACUGAGCACCUAUGAGCAACAAAUCGUCUGCUCACUACUUCUCAACAAAAGACUUGACUAUGGGGCCUUUUUCUUUGAUCAACUUGUUCAGCUUCUUCAUGCAAAUGUACGCGCUGAUCACGUUCCCUUCCCACGCUGGAUUGCUCUCGUGCUCGAUAAAUUCUUUGCUGCAGAUUGUUGGAUUAACGUCUAA